AUGUCAGACUCAGAUUCAGAUAUUGAAUUAACAUUAUCAGCCAAUGCUUUAGCUGCAUUACAAGAAUUUAAGCAGGAGGAACAACAACGUCAGGAAGAGUUCCAGAAACUUUACAAGCAGAGUGAUGAAGACUUCCAGAACAAAGUGCAAAAAGAAGGUAUGAAUCUUUUCAAAGAAGAUUGGCAGUUAUCACAAUUUUGGUACAACGACAACACUGCUGAUACAUUAGCUAGGGCUUUAUUAGAAGGUGCCGACUCAGAAACAGUCAUAGCUGUUGUCAGUGCACCAUCAGUGUAUGCUGCUAUUCAAAAGAUGCCUAAGGAGGAUAUACCUACUGAACAUAUUUAUCUUUUUGAGUUCGACACCAGAUUCGAAUUAUUGGCCGGUAAAGAUCAUUUUGUUUACUACGACUACAAUAAACCAACCGAAUUCGAAUCAAGCAUCAAGGGAAAAGUUGAUAGACUCUUGAUCGACCCACCAUUCUUAAAUGACGACUGCCAAACAAAAUCAUCUAUAACCGCAAAGACAUUGUUGGCCCCUAAUGACAAAUCCAAGACACAGAAUGCUUCGUUGAAACAUCGUCUAAUUUCCUGCACAGGUGAGAGAAUGCACGAAAUUAUGUUCAACGUCUAUCCAGACAUUCACAUUACUACAUUUUUACCAGAACACGCCAAUGGUCUAAGUAACGAAUUCAGAUGUUAUGCCAAUUUCGAAUGGGAUGCAUGGAAAUUUACGCAAGUAUAA